UAAGCACAAGCAGAUUUUGGUGGAAUUCAAUAUCGUGUUUUUCAGAUACGAAUUUUCACAAAGCUUUUGGUUUACUUUUGUGCUGCUUUUUUUGUUUAAUCGGUUAAGGGAAAAUGACCUGCUUUAACGUCGUAACAAUUGUUAUGUUUGUUGGUGUUUGUAUUGCAGGCAUUCCUUCCGGAUUUGCCGGCUGGGGAUAUCCGUCUUACGGAGGUAUUUAUGGUGGUUAUGGUGGUUGGGGCGGAUAUGGAAACGGAGGAUGGGGUGGUUAUGGAGGACUCGGAGGAUAUCCUGGAUGGGGAGGAAUGGGAGGAUUAGGAGGAUACAGUAGCUCUAAUGCGCUGGGAGGAGGCCAGAUUGGUUUCGGCAACAUAAAUACGGAUAAUACUGCAUUUUCACAAGGAGGAAUGGGCUUUGCCCAUGGUAAUACCAAUGCACAAGGAUACGGAGCGAAUAUUUUUUCUGCAGCAAGUUCCAGUUCAAUGGGAAAUGGUUUUUGGCGCCGGCGGCGAUAGCUGAAUGACUGGAUAAAUUGUUUACGCUCGGAGAUUCUUCCCAUAGAAUUCGCAUCGGCGCUUUAAACUCGAUGGAAUUGUUCUUUAAGACUGGCCAUAGACUCAUAAUUAUCUCGAAUAACUUUCAAAUGUCCUAACUAGGAAAUAACAGAUCUCGUUGUUUAAACUUGGGAAAUUCAAAACUUGGAGUGAAGUAGUAAUCACACUGAUAUCCAGAAAAAUUAUUGGUAUAAGCAUGUUGUGUUUAUGAUUUAGUAAAUAAACUGAAAUUCUUUGCGCGGCAUUUUU